AUGAUGCCCAGACAAGGCUAUGCGCCGACCCCGCAUAGCUACGUGCCCAACUCCAACCUGACGGCGACCAUCAAUCUCGACGAGGAAGUCAAACUCACUGAGACCCGCGCCGAGCGCGACCUCCAAGACUCUCUCGCCGAGCUCUUCAGCAUCAUCGUCACCCUCGACGAGCUCGAAAAGGCCUUUCUUAAAGAUGCCAUCCCAGAAGCCGAGUACACCGAGAUAUGCGAGCGGUCCCUCCGGCAGUACAAGGCGCUGCUUGCCGAUGAGACGAUCACCCGCGAGUUUGAGGGUCUCGAGGAGUUUAAAGCAAAGUGGGAUCUCGAAGCUCCUCGCGCCACCGAGCGCCUCCGCGUUGGCAUGCCAGCAACCACGGUGACCGCCUCCUCCUCGGCCCCUGUAGCCCCCGCAGCCUCGGCCAACAACACGAGCGGCGUGCUCAUACUCGAGGCGACGCAAGAGUUCAUCACCUUUCUCGACGCCGUCAAGCUCGGCAUGCUGUCCAAGGACCAGCUGCACCCGCUGCUGUCAGACGUGAUCCAGUCGGUCAAUCGCGUCACCGACCAAGACUUUGACAGUCGCGGCAAGAUUGUCCAGUGGCUCAUCACGCUCAACCAGAUGAAGGCGACCGAGGAGCUGAGCGAGCAGCAGGCUCGCGAGCUUGAGAUGGACAUCCAGCAGGCGUACCAGGGUUUUCGGCGGACCUUGACGUGA